AUGCAGUUCUCUCUCGCUCUCCUCGCUCUUCUGCCCGCCGCUUUGGCUGCCCCUGCUGCCGAUACCAAGUACACCGUCCCAGCAUGCGGAUGCAGAACCCCCUCGGGCACCUACGUCACGAACAGUCUGUGCCUCUACAACCGUGGCAUUCCCACUACAGACAACAAAUUCUGCUACACUGCAGACGACCGAUCCCCACAGGCAGACAAGGUCUUUACGGCCGAUGCCUGCAACGGACAGUCAGCCGGCGCCAAGCCCGAGUGCAAGAGCAUCACUGUCUGCAAGAACCCUCUCAUCUAUGUCCCUUGCUAG